GAUUUAUUUUAUGAUUAACAGAUUAUUAUAAUGGUCUUGCAACUGUAGUGUGAUUGUAUUGUAUGAGGAAACAUUAGUAGUAAGAGCCACAUCACUCUUUAUAAGCACUCUGCCUGUCUCUAAAGCACCACUUUAUUCUGUGAUUAACCUACAUCACAGGCAUUGGUGCAGCCAUGGCUUUAGAGAGAAAGGUGUAUGUGCUCUACACCGGAGGAACAUUUGGCAUGAAAAAAGACACGGAUGGUAGACUUGUUCCACAGUCACUGGAUACAAUCAAAGACUUCUUCCUACAUCACACUGUCCUUUAUGAGAGGAAACCUGGAGAAACCGAGGAAGAGGUUUUAAAACGCAUCGUCGCCCCAGACGACUUCAUCGUACUAUAUCACCAGUUGGCUGAUGAUUACCCCACACCUCCCCCAGAAGGAGAACAGUACAGAAUCCUUUAUAAAUUUGAGAGCAUUAAGCCGAUCGACUCCUCAAGUGUGACCCCUGAAGACUGGAGUAAAAUGGCUGAAAAGAUUCAGGAAAACAUGGAAGCGUAUGAUGGAUUUGUUGUUAUCCAUGGCACAGACACAAUGGCCUACACCUCCUCUGCUCUGUCCUUCAUUUUGGGGGAGAUUAAGAAGCCUGUGAUCAUCACUGGAGCACAGAUGCCCAUCUUCCAUCCUCGCACUGAUGGUGUGGAUAAUUUUGUUGGUUCCAUGCUGAUGGCCGGGUACUUUUCUGACGAACCAAGUCUGCAGCAGGUGAUGCUUUAUGAUCUGAACAAACUGUAUCAAGGGAAUCGAGUGGUGAAGUUUGACUGUGAUUCUUUCAGUGUGUUCGACAGUCCUGAUGUGUAUCCUCUGGCUAGUCUGGAAACAACAAUCAAGUUGAUUACUUCAAAAAUUGAAAUGAAAAAAUUGGAGCCCAAAACCUCCUGCACUGUGAAGAGAAUGCUCACAUUGGAUGGCACACCACUGGUUAAGAUCCUGAGAUUUUUCCCUGGGAUUACAGAAGAAUAUGUUAAGUCUGUUCUGAAGGGAGCUGCUGGAGUCAUCCUGGAGACGUAUGGCUGUGGAAAUGUUCCAGAAAAUGAUUGGCUCUUGGAUCUCCUGAAGGAUGCAGAUAAAAGGGAGGUUCUGAUGUUGAACUGUACUCAGGUGUACCGGGGCACUGUCUUACCCAUCUAUGGCUCCUCUGUGAUACUGCAAGAGGCAAAUGUUAUUCCUGGCUAUGACAUCACUCCCGAAGCAGCAAUUACCAAAAUGGUCUGGGUGCUGAAUUUAACGUCCGAUCACCAGAAGAGACAGCAGAUACUGAAACACAGUGUGUGCGGAGAGUCCAGGGCUCCUCCGAUGAAGCUGAUCGUGGAACAUGAGUGAAGACAGCCACUAAUAUAAAGUCAGCACGUCUAAGGCCCAAUCCCAUUUCACCCUUUGGCCUUACCAUUUACCCCUACCACUUCUUUUCGAGUGUAACCCUUCCUCUUAACUCUUUAAACAGAGUUACAAGGGGAAGUGGUGAAAUCCUCCACCCAAAGAAUUGGGAAACCCUUCAAACACCCGACACGUCAUCAGGAGCGCUAAAGUUCAGCAACCUAACUGCUGCUGCUGCUGGUGUUUAACUCUAGUUAACUUUAGGGCAUAUUUUAUUGUAUGUCUUCAAAAAGAAGGGAGAUGGUGCAGAAAUGAAUUAUUAUUCUUCAUUCCUUGAUUCCUCUGUGAUGGGGAGCUGAAAUGAGCCUAAAUUAGCUUUUAUUUUAUUUAAUUUUUCAGUUCCGCCUUAAAUGCUGCACCUUCGGCAGUCUGUUGCAGCAUUUAAGGUGGAACGGGAAAGUUAGCUAGCUAGCUACUGAGACAAACUACUAUAAAAAAACUACUUUUUUAUGCUAAUUAUGAAGAAUUCGACCAGAAAACAUUGAAACUACACAUUAAACUGUCGAAAAAUAGUGCUGAUCAUCACAUUUUGUGUUGCCAUCUCACCAGUGAUUCUCAUACCCCUUCGUUUGAAGUGUGCAUCUGAAAAAUCUCAGUUUGAACGGCUUAUAAAACAGAGGGGUAGGGGUAAAGGGUGGAGCCAAGGGGUGAUAUGGGAUUGGGAUGGGGCCUAAAUCACUGAUUAUAAAAAUUGCAUGAAAUAUUUAGGUGUGGUUGUGGGAUGAAUCAUGCAUAGCAUAACUUCUAUAAAAUCUAAAUCUGCU